AUGUCUGACACUUUACCAAGGGCGGAUGAUCUAGAAGCUACUUGGAAUUUCGUAGAACCAGGAAUCCACCAGAUAUUGGGCCGUGAUGGGACAGCUUCUUCAACUUUAAAGAGGGUGGAUAAAGUGCUCUCACCUGCGAUGUAUAUGGAAGUUUACACGGCUAUUUACAACUACUGCGUGAACAAAUCGAGCUCAGCCGGCCAAUUCAACACUGAUAGCAGCAGACAGAAUCAGUCUUCGCUGUUGGUGGGCGGCGAAAUCUACCAGAAAUUAAAAGAUUGCUUGCAAAACUACUUGUCAGGUCUACAAAGGGACGCAAAUGAGAGUUUCUUGCAGUUUUAUGUGAGACGUUGGAAGCGGUUUACCGUGGGAGCGGUGUUCCUUAAUCAUGCGUUUGACUACAUGAACAGGUACUGGGUGCAGAAGGAGAGAAGUGACGGCAAAAGACAUAUAUUUGACAUCAACACCCUAUGUCUGAUGACAUGGAAGGAGGUGAUGUUUGACAAAAACGUCGAUCUCUUGGUGAAGGAAGUCUUGGAGCAAAUAGAGCUACAAAGAGACGGUCAUGUAAUUCUGCAAACUGACACCACCGUCGCAAUUCGGUCCUUUGUGGCUCUUGGCAUUGAUCCUCAGGACCUGAAAAAGCUCAACUUGAACGUUUACAUACAGCAUUUCGAGAAGCCGUUUUUGGAGAGCACGCGGCAGUAUUACCGCAAGUUGUCCAGGGAGUAUCUCGCUUCACACUCUGUGACAGAAUAUAUCUUCGAAGCUCAGGAAAAGAUCAAAGAUGAGGAAACUAAGAUCGUGCUCUAUCUUGAUGAGCACACUAAGAAGCUGCUGUCAGAGGCCUUGAAUUCGGUUCUCAUCACCGACCACUCGGAGGCUCUCGAGAACGAGUUCAUCUCGCUGCUAGAUUCCCGCGAUGAAAACAAGAUUGCUACUUUGAACAGCCUCAUGCAGAGAGAUAUCCUACUACUGCCUAAGCUAGCUCAAGCAUACGAAGAGUAUGUGAAGAAAACCGGUGAGCAAGAGAUCUCUCGUCUACUCGCAGAACAUAGAGCAAAGCUCAGCGAGAACGCGGAAGAGAACGCGGGUUCCAAGAAGUCUGCCGCUGGCCCAGCUGUGCCUCCUAACGAGUACGUCAAGAAGCUCAUCGAGGUUUACGAGACCUUCAUCAAGAUCACUCGCGACUGCUUUCAAAAUGGUUCUUUGUUCACAAAGGCACUGGACAAUGCAUGCCGUGCGUACAUCAAUGCGAAUGAGCUGGCAAUUCCACCUGGCUCACCAAAGUCAGUCACGUCAAAGACGCCGGAGAUGCUCGCCAAAUACAGUGACCAGUUGCUUAAAAGAUCCGCAAAAGCAACAGAGGGUGCCUCGGAGUUGUCUGCCGACGACAUUAUGACCAUAUUCAAGUUCCUGACUGACAAGGACGCGUUCGAGACCCACUACAGAAGACUGUUUGCCAGGCGUUUGAUCCAUGGCACUUCGACGUCUGAAGAAGACGAGGAGAUGGUUAUUCAGCGCCUGCAAAGCGAGAACAGCAUGGAAUACACCGGGAAGAUUACGAAGAUGCUGCAAGACAUACGACUGUCGAAGCAGCUUGAGAAAGAGUUUGAGAGCGCGAUCAAAAUUGCGCCAGACUACAGCAGGGCCAAAUAUCCUGAGUUCCAACCGUUCGUCCUUGCUGAGACCAUGUGGCCUUUCUCAUACCAAGACGUGGAGUUCAAUCUCCCUCAGGAGUUAGUUCCCACGCACAGGGGUCUUGAGAAGCUGUACACCAACAAGCACAACGGAAGAGUGCUAAAGUGGCUGUGGCCGCUGUGCCGUGGUGAAGUGGUCGCCGACAUCGGGAAGCCAGGAAAGCCCCCAUUCAUUUUUACUGUGACAUUGUUCCAGAUGGCCAUCUUGCUGGCCUUCAACGACCGCUCAACGUUUACCCUCGAGGAGAUACAGGAGCACACCAGCCUGAGCGCCUCCAACAUUGCGUCCUCAAUAAUCCCCUUUAUUAGAUGGAAGCUUAUCCAGCAGCAGCCACCCGGGCUCGACGCGCUCUCACGCAUGGAUACCCAAUUUAAGCUGUCUACCCCAUACAAGGCUCUCAAAACGCGCAUCAACUUCGCAGCGGGCGUGAAGAGCGAAGCGCCAGGCAGCAUCGGGGGUAAGAGCGGAGAGCCUUCGGAGCUUCAGAAGAUUGAAAAGGAGCUCUCUACUGAAAGACAAAUUUUCCUUGAGGCCUGCAUCGUUAGAAUCAUGAAAGCCCGCAGAAAGCUGCCCCACGCGACUCUGGUCAAUGAGUGUAUUGCGCAAUCCCACCAGCGUUUCAACGCUAAAGUUUCUCUCAUUAAAAGGGCCAUCGAUAACCUGAUUGCUAAGGAGUAUCUGCAGAGGUGCGAUGACGGAGAGUCCUACGAGUAUUUAGCAUAA